AUGAAAUCUGAUCUCGUCCUUCUCGCAGCUCUUGCUGGGCUCACCCAGCGAGCUUCUGCUCAAGCUCAAGGCUACGGACAAUGUGGUGGAGUUAACUUCAACGGUCCCACUAACUGUGUCUCUGGAUGGACUUGCACAUACUCCAACCCUUACUACUCUCAGUGCUUGCCAGGAGGCAACGGCAACCCCGGUGGUGGAAAUACUGUCACAGUGACCAUCACUCAGACUACCACUGUUCGUCAGGUUACCACCACCACUGUCAUCAGCACCAACUGGGAGUACGAAACCGUCACUGUCACUGAGCAAGGUGGAGAGUGUACCCAGACUCCCAACCCCUCUUGCAACAACGACAGGACCUUCGACCUCUUCGGUGUCAAUGAGGCUGGCGCUGAGUUCGGAACUAAGAUUCCCGGAGUUUUGGGAACUGACUUCACUUGGCCAACUCAUGAGAGUAUCCAAUACUUCCUCGACAAGGGAUUCAAUGCUAUUCGUGUCCCAAUCUUGCUUGAGCGUGUUGCUCCACCAGCCGAUGGUCUUAAGGAUCCCUCCAAGUACAACCAGGGCUACCUCUCUGGCCUCUACGGAACUAUCAGCUACAUCACUGCCAAUGGCGGCAAGGCCAUCAUUGAUGUCCACAACUUCGGCCGAUACAACGGCGAGAUCCUCACUGAUGUUGAGGGCUUUGGUAACUUCUGGCAGGCUCUUUCUUCCUGGACCAACUUCAAUGACAAUGUUAUCUUCGAUCUCAUGAACGAGUUCCACGAUAUGGAUAACGGCCUUGUCUUCCAGCUCAACCAGGCUGGUAUCUCUGCCAUCCGUUCCAACAACAUCAACAACUUGAUCCUCGUUGAGGGUAACGCAUGGAGCGGUGCCUGGCACUGGGUUGACAACAAUGAUAUGCUCAAGUACCUCACUGACCCCAAGAAGAACAUGGUUUAUGAGAUGCAUCAAUACCUCGAUUCGGAUGGUUCUGGCACUAGCGAGGACUGCGUUUCUGAGACCAUCGGUGCCGAGAGAGUUGAAUCCGCCACCCGCUGGUGCGAGGACAACAACGUCAAGUGCUUCCUCGGUGAAUUCGGUGCCGGCCCCAACGAUGUCUGCCGCGCUGCUGUUGAAGGCCUCCUCUGCGCUCUUAAGAACAGCGAUGCCUGGGUUGGUGCUACUUGGUGGGCUGCUGGUCCAUGGUGGCCAUCUGACUACUUCCAGAGCAUCGAGCCACCAAAUGGCCGUGCUGUUGAUACCUACGUCCCAGUUCUUGAGUCUUUCUUGUAA